GGCCUGCUCCAGUGUUGAAGUUUCCAGAGACCCGUUCAGCUGUUGAGAAGUUCGAGAAGUCGGCUGAGGAUCUAAGCCGCAGGAUCUAAGCCGCUUGCCAAAAUGUGUAAGGGGCUGGCAGCGCUGCCGCACUCAUGCCUGGAAAGGGCCAAGGAGAUCAAGAUCAAGUUGGGAAUUCUCCUGCAGAAGCCAGACUCUGCAGUUGACCUUGUCAUUCCAUAUAAUGAAAAGCCGGAGAAGCCAGCCAAGACCCACAAGCCCUCGCUGGACGAGGCCCUGCAGUGGCGCCAUUCCCUGGACACGCUUCUCCACAACAACUAUGGACUUGCCACCUUCAAAAGUUUCCUGAGGUCUGAAUUCAGUGAGGAAAACCUUGAGUUCUGGGUUGCCUGUGAGGAGUACAAAAAGAUCAAGUCCCCAGUCAAAAUGGCGGAGAAGGCAAAGCAAAUUUAUGAAGAAUUCAUCCAGACUGAGGCCCCUAAAGAGGUGAACAUCGAUCAUUUCACUAAAGACAUCACCAUGAAGAACCUGGUGGAACCUUCCCCGAGCAGUUUUGACCUAGCCCAGAAAAGAAUCCAUGCCCUGAUGGAGAAGGAUUCGCUGCCCCGUUUUGUGCGCUCUGAGUUUUAUAAAGAGUUGAUCAAGUAGUAAUCUGAUCAAUUAUCAGAUUUUUCAGGCUUCAGAAAUCACCCUGUGAGUUGACUCACAUCCUCUGUAGUAACAUAGCAUCCCCCAAGCACCUGCACAUUUUCCCAUAGCAGCUUUACUCCAAGAUACCCAAACAAAGGCAAACCCUACACUGUGUUGCUAACUCUCCUGUUCAUGUUGGUUGGAGUGUGGGUCUGUUGGCCUUCACUUCUACUUCUUCUUUCUAACUGCUUUGUAAUGAAGGUCUAUCUUCCAAGUUUCUGUCAGCCUAAGUCACAGAAAAAACAAAAUUCUGCUUAACAUAAAGCUGUCUGUGAAAAGAAUAGGUGAUAGAUUGUUCUUUUAACUGGGCUGAAAAGAGAAGAAAAUGCAAGGGUCCCCUUUCAAGGGGUUUUGACUGGUCUUGUUGAUUGUUUUAAUUAGCAUCCUCUAAUGAUUUCUGAAUUCGGUUAUUAAAAGGCAUGAAGCUGUUUAUAAGGCAGCCACCAUUUGGUUUUUAAGCAAGUACAUUGUUUAACAUACUGAUCUUUCCCUCCUAGAGUACCUUUGUGUUAGCUAGACAUUAUAAAGAAGAGACACAAUAAAUAAUAUGCUUUAUAAAAUCAGUCUGAACAGAAUACAUUUAAAUUUAGCCCUUCCACCUCCAAAUCAUGAGGAAAAAAGGCAGCCUUUGACUCUCUGAAUUAGAAAUGCUAAAUACCCAAGAAUCUGAUUGAGCCAUUUCUUGAAUAAUGAAAAAAUUUUUUUUACUUCAAAUAUUGUAUUUGUAUUAGUUGAAAUAUCCAAAUGUCUGAAAAUACCCAAAGAAUAAACUAGAUAUUAUACACUCA